AUGGGCCUCCCUCCCCCUGGAGGGGCCAGAGGCGCGGUCAUCGCUAAUGCCUGUCGUUGCCGGUGUGUGUCGUUGCUAAUUGGCCCUGAUAACGUGGAGCGGGCUGAUGCUGUGCAGCUGUCGGUGGAAGAAUUUGUCGAGCGCUACGAGAGGCCUUACAAGCCCGUGGUUCUGCUGAAUGCCCAAGAGGGCUGGUCCGCGCAGGAGAAAUGGACUCUGGAGCGCCUCAAAAGGAAAUACCGGAACCAGAAGUUCAAGUGCGGCGAGGAUAACGACGGCUACUCGGUGAAGAUGAAGAUGAAAUACUACAUCGAGUACAUGGAGAGCACCCGUGACGACAGUCCCCUUUACAUCUUUGACAGCAGCUACGGCGAACACCCCAAGAGAAGGAAACUUCUGGAAGACUACAAGGUGCCCAAGUUUUUCACGGAUGAUCUUUUCCAGUACGCAGGCGAGAAGCGCAGGCCCCCGUACAGGUGGUUUGUGAUGGGUCCACCGCGUUCUGGAACUGGAAUUCACAUUGACCCUCUGGGAACCAGUGCCUGGAAUGCCUUAGUGCAGGGCCACAAGCGUUGGUGCCUGUUCCCAACAAGCACUCCCCGAGAACUCAUCAAGGUGACUCGAGAAGAAGGGGGGAACCAACAAGAUGAAGCCAUUACCUGGUUUAAUGUUAUUUAUCCACGGACACAGCUUCCAACCUGGCCGCCAGAAUUCAAACCCCUGGAGAUAUUACAGAAACCAGGAGAGACUGUCUUUGUACCAGGGGGCUGGUGGCAUGUUGUUCUCAAUCUUGACACCACCAUUGCCAUCACCCAGAACUUUGCCAGCAGUACCAACUUCCCUGUUGUGUGGCACAAGACGAUACAGCACGGGCAGCGGCAGUGCAAGCCACCCCCAGCCACCCCGUGCCACUGUGUCCCAACCCUGACCUGGAGGGACCAGCUCUCGGGGAUCUUGAAGCAGGAGCACCCUGAGCUGGCAGUCCUGGCCGACGCUGUUGACCUCCAAGAGUCCACGGGCAUCGCUUCUGACAGCUCCAGCGACUCCUCCAGCUCUUCCAGUUCCAGCUCCUCCGACACGGACUCAGAGUGUGAGUCUGGAUCUGAAGGUGAUGGGACCACACACCGCAGGAAGAAGAGGAGGACGUGCGGCAUGGUGGGAAAUGGGGACACUACCUCACAGGAUGACUGCGUGAGCAAAGAACGCAGCUCCUCCAGGUGACCACAUGUGGCCACUGUUUAUGCAAGGAUGUGCCGGCUGUCGGGCAAGGCCCAAGCCUGGGGAGGGCAGCCCUCUGGAAUCCGCAGAACCAGGGAGCUGACACCGGAGAAUGAGGACACUCAGAGUGGGAAUUUGUAGCGUUUGGUACAGUGGCUUUUUCUCCAUCGUCAUGUCUUAUCCUAAGGGCAAAGGUGUGUGGAUGGUGCCAAGGAAGCCCUUUAUCUAUUUAAUAAAAACAAUCCAUUUUA